GCUAGUGGGCCAGUUGUUAGGACAGGGUCGUUCAUUAUUGCACGAUAUUUGUUUCUUUUUUUCCUUUUGGUACUUUUUUUCAGUGCUCUAGACCUCCGCGCUAAAAAUAGUGACUUUUUAGCCCGGUAUUUUAAUAAAAAUUUUAUAUUUCUGAUCCUACUUUCUUUUAUGGCUUGUAUGAACUCGACCAUAAUGGCCGGCACUUUACUUUACUUUGCGUAUGGAAGCAAUUUGCUUGAAUCUCGGUUGCAUAUCGCCAAUCCUAACGCGACUUUUUUUGACAUUGCGCGCUUGGAGGACUAUAGAAUUGACUUUGUGGGAAAUUCUAAAGUAUGGAGCGGUUCUGUGGGAACAAUAGUUGAACUUCCAGGUUGUCACGUCUGGGGCGUGAUCUGGGAACUACCCGCCAGCGAAAUAUCGAACCUAGAUCGCCAAGAAGGUGUUCAUACUGGAAAAUACAAAGCUUUUAAUGUUAGUGUCACAACACCCGAAGGGGAAACUUUUGAGUGUCGCACUUACAAGCAGAGUUUAGAUCCUGAAGAAAUUGUUGAGCUUGAUCAGCUUCCGGAUAAUCGUUUGCCAUCUAUGGCUUAUAUAAAAGUAAUAAUAAAAGGCGCGAAGCAAAAAAAAUUACCUGAAGAAUAUAUUAAAUUUUUAGAAAGUAUUAAAUUUAAUCCUGAAGGUACUCAUACGCCUAAAGGAUUGAAUGUCUGUGAUUUGUAA